AUCUAAGAUUGAUUUACUUCUGUCUAUUGUCUCAACCCUGCGACCCCGAGAGCAACGAGACAUCGUUACAUUGUUCAUCAAUCGUCAGAAUGGAUCACGUGAUAAAUGCAACGAUCCUUCUGCUACUUUUCACGGCAACGUCUUUUGGUUACUCCGUCGAGCAAGAUUUUGAUUCCGAGGAGAGUUGUCAUUCUACGAUCGUACGACCGCAGGGAUACUCGAAGCAAGGCUAUCGCAUCAGGGAAGAAAGAACGGACGAUUCUGUUCGAAGGAACAGAAAUCGAGGAUCAAGAUCGACGGAGACGGUCGAGCAAAUUCACAAUUCCUAUCAAGAGGCUCUAAAAGACCAGCAGACGGAAAGCCAUUCUCAAGAGGUCUCUCCCAACAGCGAUCAGAUCGAAAUCGGAGAAACAUCGAUGACAGAGAAGACUUACAUCCCGGAGAGCAACGAAGUAACCUUGCUUGGAGGUUACCAUUCCAAGGUUCUAGAUCACCACGAGGACAAAUUGGUGACGGUGAAGAAAAUAGCUGUACCCUAUCCCGUGGAGAAAACGAUACCGUAUCCUAUAGUGAAGAAUGUGCCUUAUCCCGUCAAGGUGCCGGUGCCCCAACUUUAUCCGGUGGAGAAGAAGGUGCCAUACCCGGUCAAAGUUUUCAUCAAGGUCCCGAUCAAAAUACCGAAACCUGUGCCAGUGAUUAAAGAGGUGCCUUAUCCGGUCCAGGUGCCGGUGAAUCGCCCUGUCCCCGUCAAAGUUUACGUUCCUGAACCUUAUCCAGUCGAAAAGAAGAUCCAUUACGAAGUGAAGGUGCCGGUCCCCGAACCGUUCCCCAUCGAACGAAAGAUACCUGUACCGGUCAAGGUGCCUGUACGGGUUAUUCAACCGUAUCCUGUCGAGAAGAGGGUUCCUUAUCCGGUGAAGAUAGAGGUGGAGCAACCGAUACCUGUACCGGUAGUUAAACCGUAUCCCGUGCCUGUGCCCAAGCCGGUUCCCUAUCCUGUCGAUAAACCGGUACCCGUACCCGUGAAAGUUAAGGUUCCACGGCCUGUACCUGUCCCGGUUGAUAAACCUGUCUUCGUCAAAGUGAAAAUUCCUGUACCUGCACCCUACCCGGUCGAGAAACAGGUACCUUAUCCUGUCGAGAAACCUGUACCUGUACCGGUCAGGGUACCGGUCGAGCGACCGGUACCUGUACAAGUGCCUAAACCUGUGCCCUAUCCCGUAGAGAAGCCGGUCCCUUAUCCCGUUAAGGUGCCAGUUCAGGUACCGGAGGAGGCGGCAGACGAGGCUGGGAUCGAGAGCGAUUGGAAGGAGUGAAUGUGGAUAGAUGUUAAGGAUGAUUGAUUAAUCGGAAGAAAAAUUUUUACGAAGAAAAGUAUGAAUUUUUGAUAUUUCGAUAUUUACUUUACUAUUUUUAUCGUUUCAACAUUUGGAACAAAGUGCAGGGAUCUGUAACUGGAUCUAUGAGUAUAAUCGUGUAUCGAGAAGUACAGUACACAGAGUACACAGUGCAUUUAAGCGUAAUUCUUAUCGUUUCCUAUUAUUAAUAGAAUUCGCAUUGCACGAGAGAUUGUACGUGAAAAUAAACGACUAAAAAUAACUCUUUAAUUAAUCCCAUUAUCUAGUAGGGAAAAUCAAAUGUCUUCCGUCAUUGAAUGAUAAUAAAGUUUGAGUAUAAAAAUAGUGGAAGCGAUUCUCCAACGUAUAUUUAUUUUCCUCCGUAAACACAGUGGAAUCCAAAUCGUCGAUUUCGAUUUUUGAAUCGAGCAUUCGCUUUCGCUCCGAUUAACCGUAUCGAUACACCGUAACAUAACUUUCAACCUUGAUCGAGACUUUCCACCGUAACCGGAAUUAAACGCGCUUGAGAAUAAACUUAAUGAUUGAAAUAAAUUUAAAAAGGAAGCGAAACGAUAUUUGCCGAUCAAAUAUAUAUAUAUAUAUAUAUAUUACAAUCCGAUCGUAAUUCGAUAAUUUUAAUUCCAUCCCAACCUCAUUUCCUAAGUAAUAACAACGUAAGAGUAAAAAAUGCAAAUUCCGCGACUUUCGAAGAAUAUCUUGCGUUUUCUUAUUAAACCAUAAAAAAACAAUUAUUCGUUUAAUUGAAAAAUUAAUUAAACAAAUUGGAAGGCGUAAAGUUGGGAAGAUAUCUAAUCUGAUUGUCGA